GAGACGCUGAGCCGGAGGCAGCUGGAGAAAGCGGCGGGGAGGAGGGAGCAGCUGGGGCUCCACUUGCGCCUAAGAGAUCCAGGGGAGCUUGCCCCCCCCCCACAAGGAGAGACACCCCCCCCGCGCGCCCAGCCCCAGGGACCGGAGCGCCCCGCCCGGGGCGCACAGGACGGGGAGCUCUGAGCAAAGCGAGGCAGAGUGACAAAGAGGGAAGCCAAGGGGGGCUGGGCGGGGGGGCAGCCUGCCCCCUCAUUCUGCCUCUGCCAGCACCCUGCAGCUAGGCCCCCCUCCCCCCGCUGGAGACUUGGGUGAGGGGCGGAGGGGCAGGACCUGUCCACAUGGAGCCUGGAAUGAGAGCAGCUCUCCCCCCUGCAAGCAGCCAGCAGCUCCUUGGAACUUGGAUGUCCUCGUAGAGGGGGGAGCGGCCCUGCCUGGCCCAUGUAGUUGGGGGUGGGGGGCUAUGGGCUGCCUGCGGCGAGGAUGGCCCCGUCCUUCUGGGACUGUCAACCCACCAAUCCAGGCGGGGGAUCCCUGAGGUCCUGAAUAGCAGAGGGAAGUGCAAGAAGCAGCGAGAAGAGACAAGAACCAGCAGCAGCCGGGGAAACCACCACGGGAAACCCAAAGGCCCCACCGCAAACCCGAGCCCGGCGCGGCUGCCAAGCCCCGCACCGAGCCAGCGGGACACGAGAUGGGUCUGGCCCUGCUGCCCGGGUUCUGCCCCCUGCUUCUCCUCGGCCUCUGGCUGCGAAGCUCCUGCCCCAAUGAAAUCCUGGGCCUGAAGCUGCCGUCGGAGCCGGUGCUGAACGCCAACACCGUUUGCCUGACGCUGCCCGGCCUGACGCGCCGGCAGCUGGAGGUGUGUGUCCGCCACCCCGACGUGACGGCCUCCGCCAUCCAGGGCAUGCAGAUCGCCAUCCACGAGUGCCAGCACCAGUUCCGGGACCAGCGCUGGAACUGCUCCAGCCUGGAGACCAAGAACAAGAUCCCCUACGAGAGCAUCAUCUUCAGCCGAGGCUUCCGGGAGAGCGCCUUCGCCUACGCCAUUGCGGCCGCCGGGGUGGUGCACGCCGUCUCCAACGCCUGCGCCCUCGGCAAGCUGCAGGCCUGCGGCUGCGACCAGAAGCGCCGGGGGGACGAGGAAGCCUUCCGCAUGAAGCUGCACCGGCUCCAGCUGGAGGCCAUGAACCGGGGCAAAGGGAUGGUGCACGGGGUCCGCCUGGAGCACAUGCCGGCCGAGGCCCCAGGGCUCCAGGACUCCUGGGAGUGGGGGGGCUGCAGCCCCGAUGUGGACUAUGGGGAGAAGUUUUCCAAGGAUUUCCUCGACUCCCGGGAAACCUACAGGGACAUCCACUCCCGCAUGAGGCUGCACAACAACCGCGUCGGCCGGCAGGUGGUGCUGGAUAACAUGCGGAGGAAAUGCAAGUGCCACGGCACCUCCGGCAGCUGCCAGCUGAAGACGUGCUGGCAGGUGACCCCCGAGUUCCGCCUGGUGGGCUCCUUGCUCAAGGACCGCUUCUCCGGGGCCACGCUCAUCCGGCCCCACAACAGGAACACGGGGCAGCUGGAGCCAGGCCCCGUGCGGCACCGGCGCCGAGCCAGCGUCGGCGACCUCAUCUACUUCGAGAAAUCGCCCGACUUCUGCGAGCGGGAGCCGGCCCUGGACUCCCUGGGCACCCAGGGCCGGCUGUGCAACAAGAGCAGCCCGGGCAUGGACAACUGCGAGAGCCUGUGCUGCGGGCGGGGCCACAACCUCCUGCGCCAGACCCGCAGCGAGCGCUGCAACUGCAGGUUCCACUGGUGCUGCUUCGUGGCCUGCGAGGACUGCCGCCGCACCCAGUGGGUCAGCGUGUGCAAGUGAGGCGGGCCCCGGGCCCGGCUUCCCUUGGCCCCGGCCGGCACCGCGGGGGGAGCGGCUCCCGGCGGGCGCCGCCCAGCCCGGUUAAUCCGCCCUGCGCCUUCCGCCCUUCGGCGGCACCCCGGGGUCGCACCAGCUCCUGCCGCGGGGAGCGUUCC